AUUAAAUAGACUUAUGUUGUUUUUUGUGGUGUCCCGGUGGGCCACUGUGACAGCGAAAGCCUUCGCUCGGGGCUGUGGACGCAUGAAUGACUACGCAUUCCAGAUAGUCGCUGAUUACAGGGCGGUUCUCGUAUCUUCUCUAGUCAGCUGUCGUGCUGCACCUCUCAGACCUUCCAUCUACUCGGCGACUGGCCUGGCUCUCGUGAUGUUGUACAAAACAAAUCCGUCCUAUGACUCAUUUGUGACUCAGCUGCGUGCAGCCGCUUGUGACUUGAGCCAAGUGCCGGAGUCGGUCAGAAAUCGCAGGCAUGAAGAACACGUGAAUACUUUGAGCGGGGACGAGAGAGUACACAAAUUGCGUCGCCUAUCGCUUCUGUUUUUCUCAAUUCUGUGGAGGGACAACUACCCUUCUGAACUGCAGAAGUUCUCUGCUAACUGCAAGUACCUCAAAGUCGGCUGGACAGACUUGAUCAGGGAUAGAGAUAGUCGGUUGGUUGAUUUCGGAGUUGGAGGCAUAUGGCUGAUGCUGCAACGCAACAUGCAAGACUACGACAUCAACGAACUGGAGUGGCAGGAAAGAGAGCCAAGAAAUAUUGAAUACUCAAGUGAAAACAAAACAGGCAUCGAUAUGAUUUAAUUUUGAAGUAUAUGACUUAAAAAUUGAGGUAUGAAUCAGCUGUCAUUUGAACCAGCUCAAAAAUCAGGGCGUGAAUGGUAUAACUAUGUACCUUUAGCCUGGUUUUGUACUCCGCUCAUACUACGGUUUGUUCAUACUUCGGCUGAUUUUUUCCGAUUUUGAUUGUGUAAUUUUAUU